AUGGCAAAGAUUGACGUGCACCAUCAUUUCUAUCCUCAGGCCAUGCGCGAAGCUCUUGAGCGCGCGGGAGGAGAUCCUUCUGGGUGGUAUAUUCCACCCUGGACCUUGGAUCUGGACAAGGAGAUUUCUCGCGUGCUGAAAGUGCAAACCACCAUCCUCUCCGUAACCGCCCCAGGUCCCGGCAUCGAAACAGAUCCAGGCAAAGCAGCGGCGCUAGCUCGUCUCUGCAACGAAGAGGCGGCGGCAAUUAGAGACGCUCACCCCCUCCAGUACGGCUUCUUCGCCUCCGUGCCAUCUCUCUUCGACACCGCCGCCGUGCUGGCGGAAAUCGAGCACGCAUUCACCAAUCUCCACGCAGACGGAGUCACUCUCUACACCCGCUACGGAGCAGGACACAGCUAUCUCGGCGAUGAACGCUUCCGGCCCAUUUGGGCGGAGCUGAGCAAGCGCCGCGCCGUGGUCUUCAUCCACCCCACCCACGCCGUCGACACGCAGUUGAUCAACUCCUGGAUGCCGCAGCCCAUGUUCGACUACCCACACGAGACCGGCCGCACCGCCAUGGAUCUGCUCACCCGCGGUGUCAUCCGGGACUAUCCCGGCUGCAAGAUCAUCCUGUCGCAUGCGGGCGGGACGCUGCCGUAUUUGAUCCAUCGCGCGGCGACAAUGCUGCCCUUCAUGCCUCGGAAUCUGGGGAUGUCGAGGGAAGAGAUCGUGGAGGCGGCGCGUACGUUUUACUUCGAUACCGCGAUUUCGGCGAAUCCGGUGACGUUGAAGGCGCUGCUUGAGUUUGCGAAGCCUGGGCACGUGUUGUUUGGGAGUGACUUCCCCAAUGCGCCACGGGGUGCGAUCACGCAUUUCACGAGCUUUCUCGAGGGAUAUGAUAACAUGUCCGAGGAGACGCGGAGGCUGGUGGAAAGGGAGGCGGCGCUGGAGCUGUUUCCUCGACUUCGGGGCCAGUCGACUCGGGCUUGUCUCUGA